UAUUGCUCAGACCCCGCAACCAAAAGUGACACCUCAUCAUCAGUUCCCUAUCGGCAAUCGGAAUGAGUCUCACAGCUCCAUCAGAGAGCACACCGCUGGCCCAACUUUUCUCCCUCGAGGGCAAGGUAUGUUUGGUUACCGGAGGUAACAGGGGAAUUGGGCUUGCCGUGUGUCAAGGCUACGCGGAGGCCGGGGCUGCUGGAAUCGCAAUCAUACACUCUUCCGAAGCAACGGCAAGGCUGGCAAGCGAACGUGCGACUGAAAUUCAGCAAAAGCAUCCGAAAACGAUCGUCAGAACCUAUCGGGCGAACGUGGCCGUCUCCAAAGAUAUAGAAGAGGCUACGAAACAAGCCUUCUCUGAUUUCGGUCGAUUGGAUGUGGUGGUCGCCAAUGCCGGGGUUUACACAGAAACUCCAACGUUGGAAAUGUCAUCAGAGGAGGCAGAGUAUGUUACAGGGGUUAACUACUUUGGCCCCCUCUACACCGCCCAGGCCGCUGCAAGGGUCUUCAAGGAAAAUGGCGGAGGGAAGAUAAUCAUGACAGCCUCCAUAAAUGGACAUAUGGUUCUUCGACCCCAGUACGAAUCAAUUUAUUGUGCCACCAAGGCAGCUGUAUGCCAUUUGACUCGAGCACUCGCCGUAGAGUUCGCCCAAUGGAAUAUUCAGGUCAAUGCAAUCAGCCCUGGUUACAUUGACACGGAAAUGACAACUGAGCUUGUAAAUGAGAAACCCGAGCUCAUAAAGGCCUGGAUGGUGGAUUGCCCGGCGGGGCGGUUAUGUAAAGUGUGGGAACUCAAAGGUGUAUACGUAUUUCUGGCAAGUGGAGCGAGUUCCUACGUGACCGGGGCGGAUUAUGUGGUUGACGGGGGGCACACCUGCCAUUGAUAGUGUACUAGCUACGCUCCUACACGGCCCAAAGCCAAGCACCUCGUUGUGCAGGAUUGCGGCGUUGGGGGCGGGGGGCUCUUUGAGACAACGAGUGACAAAAUAUGAUUUGUGCUUUUAUUCAAGCGAUGUGGGGUCGGAAGUUUAUAUAUCUCAGUCAAUCGAGAAAUCGUGUUUUACGAAACA